GUUCUGUGUCACAGUAAUGUUGAAACCAUUAUACUUCCUCUGUGAACCAGACACUUUAACACACAUCAGGCAACUGGCAACUUCAGGAAAUAAAGAAACACCGCUUGCAGCAGCCGGAAAAGACUGAGAUUAGACUGUAAUAGAAACCGGAACAUUUCAAACAAGGCCCCGGCAAUGAACACUCUACUAUACUAGUGUAAAGAAUACUAGAAAGAGAUUGACUGCAAGGCUGCCGUUCAACUGAGCUCCUCAUUAUAUAAGCUGAUAAGUUCCUGCAUCUCCCAAAGGGAUUUCCUGUGAGGACGCUAGCUUGCAGUCAGUUUCAGUGUAGCUCUACUGAGUCAACACGGACCCUGAAGACUCGGCUAUGGACUCCAGUGGGGUAUUGUGGAACACUAAGAAACUCACUUUCAAGAUAGGCAUAUGCAUUGUAUUCCUAUCAAUAGGCAUUCAGGGGGCUAAUCAGCGGCCUGGCUUUGACGACACACCUGCCCCUGAGUUCCUGCACCCUGAUUGGAUGGCUCAGGUCCCUGACUCCACCUCUCUUUCAGAAGUCUCCCUCGCCGGGACUCACAACACAAUGGCCUUCUAUGGGGGUAGACUUGUGCAGUGCCAGGCCUGGCCUCUACGCCUGCAGCUGGAAGCCGGCGUGCGAUUCCUCGACAUCCGCGUCCGCUACACAGGCGAAACUCUGAUGCUACAUCACGGGCCUAUCUAUCAGAGGGCCAAUUUCGACCUAGUUGUUCAAGAAACAAUACAGUUCUUAAAAGAUCACCCAACGGAGACCAUACUUAUGAGAGUGAAAGAGGAAUUCAGUACCACACACAACAUAUAUGACGCCGUAGUACGCUAUUUAAAAGAUCAUGGAGACUGGGAAGCGUGUUGGAACAGUAGGGCCAUUCCUACAAUGGGACAGGCCCGAGGGAAACUGAUUGUCCUUCAGGAUUUUUCCGGGAACGCCAUUGGGAUGAAAUACAGCUCCCUGGACAUAGGAGACGACUGGAAAGUGCCUACCUUGCUUCACAUCAACCAAAAGUGGGACAGCGUUAAAAAUCACUUGGACGCUGCCGAGGGCGGAAACAAUAGCACUCUUUUUUUGACGUACAGCAGCGGCGCUGGUGUCCUGGCGUAUCCCGACGAUGUCGCCAAGCGCAUCAACGCCAGGCUUUAUGAAUACCUGAACAAUCUCAGAGGGCAGAAGAGGCGUUUUGCAAUGAUAGCCAUAGAUUUUCCUUCUGCUUGGUUAAUAAAAAUGAUCAUUGACUUCAACUGAGUCUUUGAGAUGAAAAAACGUGCAGUUUUAGCAGAGAAGCUAUAAAUCUGGUUCUAAGAAAGCUCCGAAUGCAAUCUGGUGAAUAUCAUUACACUUACAAAAUGUACAUUGAUUUAUUUAAUAGACCUGGGACAGAAAUAAAUAUAUAAACAAUUGAUUAGGUACUCAAAUGGCUCACUUAAAUGCAAGGCUGUGGGGUGUACAGGUCGAGUCAUACAGUCUGGGGAGAUGGGUUUGAAUGAGAAGUAUUUGGUAAUGUCUCUUGUACUGCUGUAUACACUAUAUCCUGAGAGUUUAAAGUUAUUAGCAAAGUGAGCAAAUUGGACUCAAUUAACUUAUAGCAUGAAAUAUUAAUUCCUGCGUUAAGCAGAGACAUUUUACAUUUUGAUUCA